AUGGCUUCAAUCCCACUGCCUAUGGCUUCUCCUAGCACUCAUCCAGCAGAGUUCUGCUGUCAUUUCACCAAGCUCUCCGUGGAUGUCUUUGCCAUUCUAGCAGACUAUCUAAAGACUGAGGAUAUUCAGUCAGCUAGACUUGCUGGAAGAGAUCUACAUUCAUUGUCAAGCCCGUAUCUUUUUCGUGCUGUUACCUUUGCUCCGCAUCAAGAGCAUCUCGAUCGUCUCAGCAAAAUCACCCGGGACCCCAUUCUGUCCUACCACACUAGAAUCUUGCGGUACGAUACCACGAUCUUCAGGCUACCAGAAUAUAAAGAUGAACUUGAUCCCUUCGAAUUCCGACCGCGCUGGGAAAAUACCACCGGUACCUGGGUGCGGACUGACCCUUGUACUCUCGUUCACGAGUGCGGUCCAGAGACUCGCAUGAAGGCGCUCGCAGAGUUCACUGCAUACGUCCACGAGCAAUACGCGAUCUUGGAACGUCUUGAAAAGCAUCUCUGCCAGAUUAUUUCUUCACUUCCCAAGCUGUCUACAAUUAUACUUUGCAAUACAGCGAUAAAGGGCUCCGACAGAUUCAAAUUUGCUCUCUCAGAAAACUCCAUAUCCCGCAGAUGGGCACGUGGGAACCAGAUGAUGACCCUAUUCCGAGUCAUAAGUACACUUGGUUCCAAUAUAACCAAGAUCGGAGUUCAAGGCCACAAUAUCCAGAAACCAUUCAGACUUCUCGAUAAUGUUGAUUUCGGUUACGAUGGCGACAAAGUAGGCUCGAUCAAAUACUGUCUUCGGUCCGGUUUCAAGACUGCUACUUACACAAAAGAGAAGAUUCCCUUUAUUCAUGGCUCCACUCUAACCUUGAAUGCGGAUGAGCUGUCGAUGACAAAAGCAAUAUUCGGAAACCUCACUCAUCUUAAUCUGGGCAUCGACACUGCUGUGCCUUUCCAGGGUUUUUAUGUCGAUCCCGAAGAUACGCCAAAAGCGUACUGGGUCGAUUUUCCUGCGAUCCUACAAUCAAUGACUAAGAUUGUCGACCUAUCUCUGGAUAUGAAAUAUCACAGAGCAGUGGAUCAGCAGCAUAGUUGCACUUACUUCCACGACGACAUCAGGGAACUCUUUGGGAACCACCCCGUCACCUUCCCCCGCCUUGAGCGAUUGAAGCUAUCACAAUUUCGCAGUUGUGGUGCAAGCAUCCAAAAUCUGCUACAGAAUCACUCGAAGAUCAAAGACCUUACCUUGAAAUUUAUUAUCGAAAUCAAAACUAGCCACGUUGCUUGGGACUGGUCAACAAGCACAUGGACAGCUCACCCCGAUUGGGUUCAAUGCAUCGAAACCAUGAGGCAGCUUAAGUUACAAAGACUUGUACUUCGCGGCAUCGAAGGAUUUGGACAUUGGUCUGAUCUCUACGGGAGUGAGAAUCAAGAUUUGACGCUGGCAAGGAUCCAUGAUUAUAUUCUGCAUGGGUACGGUGAUAAUCCAUUGCCAACAAGAUUGCCGCUUGAGAAGAACAACCUGGCUUGGGAUGAAGAAUUUUGGUGA